AUGGACCCAGCUUCUCUUGCAUCGGACAACAUCGGUGGCGGCCUGCGCGCAUUCGCUAUUGUGAUGACUGUUUUAUCUGCAGUAUCUCUGAUCUGUCGGAUAUGGUCACGAGCGCUGCAUAGGCCGACAGUAUACGAGGGAGAACAUCGCUUCUGGUGGGAUGACUGGAUUGCUCUCGCAACAGGCGUCUUCUGUUUUGCACAGAUGGGUGUAAUAAUUGCAAUGAUUGAUUUCGCAGGGCUCGGUCGCCAUAUUGGAACGUUGACGCUGGGCGAGAUCGCUCUUUUUUCGAAGCUCUUGUUCACCACAGAACAACUGUUCGGAUUCACAAUUUGUCUUUCGAAGGUCUCGGCGCUACUUUUUUACAAACGCCUUUUUCUGCCCGCCACCGAUUCAAAGACCUUUCGUACUGCUUUCUGGACAGUAUUUGCCCUCAACAUUGCCUGGGAAGUUGGUGCCAGGUUCGGCUCUGUUUUCAACUGCACUCCCGUCGCAGCGUCCUGGGAUCCGUUCAUGAGAGGAAAAUGUGGCUCUACGACUACUCUUUUCUUUGCAACUGCCCUCACCAGCGCCUUUGUAGAUUUGUGCAUCAUGAUCCUGCCUCUGCCAAAGAUCUGGGGCCUUCGCAUGACCACGUGGCGCAAGAUUGGGCUCAGUAUUGUUUUCUUCUUGGCCUCUUGGUAA